UUCAUGUAGCAUCAAGUCAAAUGUCAAAUUUAGUGUAAAUAUCUGAAUAUCUCUCAAUCAAGAUCUGAAUAAAAGAAAUUAAAAAAAAUAAUUUUAAUAACAAAAAAUGGCUUCUGCAAUGGACGUAGACGUUGACGAAGUAGAAAUGCCAACAUCGAGCAGCUCUAAAGGCGACCGAAAACGCUUCGAAGUUAAAAAGUGGAAUGCUGUCGCUUUAUGGGCUUGGGAUAUUGUCGUUGAUAAUUGUGCUAUUUGUCGCAAUCAUAUUAUGGAUUUGUGCAUCGAAUGCCAAGCAAAUCAAGCUUCUGCAACUAGUGAGGAAUGUACAGUUGCUUGGGGAGUAUGCAACCAUGCUUUCCAUUUUCAUUGCAUCUCAAGAUGGUUAAAAACAAGACAAGUGUGUCCUUUGGACAACAGGGAAUGGGAAUUCCAAAAAUAUGGUCACUAGAAGAUGGGAUAUUUUUUGGUUAAACUAAUUUAUAAUUACCGGUUUCAUAUUAUGGUUGGUUAUUCAUCAUUUGUAAAAUACUUUUUGGAUAAUAAAUAAAUCACAGAUUGUG